AUGGCGACGUGGUUAAAGCCAUGGGAAACCGUUCGCUUCACAAUCGUCCGCGAGCCGAUCGAGCGCUUCGUUUCCGUCUACAAAUUUGUGUGCAAGUUUCGUUCGGAUUGCCCGGCGAAAGUGAAAACGAUUCACGAUUUCGCCCGCUGGCUAUACAAAAUCCAAAAAGCGGAGCUCAAAAAGGGGAAAGCCGCCUCAAGAAGCACUCAAUUUAUCACAUGGCAUUCGUGGCCACAAACAAGAUAUUGUAACAUCGAAAAUAAUCGAACAACAUUGGUGCAUCAUUCUUCGAAUCGGCAAAAAAUGCGCCAAGAGAUGAUGACUGUUUUCCGGAGAGCACGCAUCCCGCAAAGAGUCGGCAACAAGGCUCUGCGUCACUUGCUUCGCUCCUCAACAGCGCAUGCCUCAGAGAAUCGAACGGAAAAGCGAAACUUGAAGAAAGAAGUGAUGGAAAACAAUCGAACAAUGGAGUACAUAAAAGCCAUUUAUCAUCAGGAUUUUCACUUUUUCGAGAAACACAAAUUU